CGUACGACGGAGCCAUUUGUUUGUACGCUGUCGUCACGUCGCGAUGGAAUUAUUUUCGUUCUUAUUUUCGUCGCCCUUCGGGUUGUUACUGACCACUCUGAUUAUCAUUGGCAUCUUGAAAUUUGUUGCAUUGAUAUAUCAUGCAUACUUUUACUGGAGAGGUAAAGGUGUUCCUUAUCUGCCCGAUUCAUUACGGUCUUUCGUAAUGGGUUGGAAAGUAUUUCUGCGCCGUCUGAGUAUCGUCGACCAUGGUUCUUUUUUGUACAAUUACUUCCCAGACGCUAAGUAUUGUGGAAUGAUGGAAUUUGCCACACCUGCCGUGCUUCUGCGCGAUCCUGAACUGAUCAAGGAUAUGUUGGUGAAGGAUUUUGAAAUUUUCCACGAUCAUCGCAGCUUCGUGGACGACAGUCUGGAGCCGCUAUUCAGUAAGAAUAUCUUCUCUUUACGCGGAGAUCGUUGGAGGGAAAUGAGAAACACGUUGAGUCCCUCUUUCACCGCUAGCAAAAUGAAGAUUAUGUUUGAUUUAGUAUCAAAAUGUUCUCGUGAAUUCGUCAAUUACCUGGUCGAUCAUCCGGAACUCUAUAAUGUGAUUGAGACGAAGCAGAUCUUCAGACGGUACACUACUGAUGUAAUCGCCACAACGGCUUUUGGCAUAAGCGUAAAUUCUAUGAAAAAUCAAGAUAACGAGUUCUAUAUGAGGGGAAUAGAGAUGAUCAACAGUUUCUCCGCAUCUCUAAGUAUGUUCAAGUUCAUGUUUAUGCGUAUGUUUCCGCGUUUUGCCAAGUUGCUCGGUAUGACGGGAUUCGGCUCAACGUCUACGGCCGAGUUUUUCAAGAGGAUUGUUGGAGAGACUAUAAAAAUUCGAGAUGAACAAGGUAUUAUCAGGCCGGAUAUGAUUCACUUAUUAAUGCAGGCUCGGGACAAGAACGGUCCCAGCGUCCACAAAAUGACAUUGGAUGACAUCGUUUCGCAAGCUUUCAUCUUUUUCUUUGCCGGUUUUGAAACAUCCUCGACGUUGAUGUGUUUUGUCGCUCACGAGCUGGCGGUUAAUCAAGACAUUCAAGAUCGCGUGCGCGAGGAGGUGCAGCAGCAUCUUGUCGAAGAUAACGAGAUCUCUUACGAAUCGCUGUCAAAGAUGACUUAUAUGGACAUGGUGAUUAACGAGACACUCCGAAAGUAUCCACCAGUGAUCUUCACUGAUAGACUUUGCAUUAAAAAUUACGAGCUGCCUCCGUCGCAGCCGGGUUGCAAGAGCGUAAUCGUCGAAUCUGGUAGCGUAAUGAUAAUAUCCGUUUACGGUUUACAUCAUGAUUCCAAAUACUUUCCGGACCCGGAAAAGUUUGAUCCCGAAAGAUUCAGCGAAGAAAACAAAGACAAUAUUGUCCCGUAUACUUACUUACCUUUUGGACACGGGCCUAGAAAAUGUAUUGGCAAUCGAUUUGCUCUCAUGGAGACCAAGAUUCUGAUAGCUCAUCUCUUGCAAAAAUUUAUCCUGAAGAGAACGGAAAAAACUGUCGAGCCUGUUGUAUAUAAUAAGAGGGAUUUCAAUCCGACACCUGAAGGCGGAUUCUGGAUCGGUUUGGAGAAAAGAGAAACGUGAUGAGCUUGUAUACGAAAUACAGUAAUAGUUAUUA